GGAGGAUUAAUCAGAGCAGUGUCCUGGUGGAGGAGGUGUUUGUGCUUUAACGCUGCUGUAACCUGUCAGGACACAUAUCUGACCUGUUGAUCACGAUGCCCUCCUCAAAGAUCUCCAAACUCUGGGCUCUGUCAGACAUUUUUGGCCUGCAACGACUGUUAGGAGUUGGAGCUGUGGUAGCGUGGCUCAUCCUCUUCCAUCUUCUUGUGAACGUUUGGCUCCUCUGCAUCUUCACCAGUCUCUUGGUGGUUCUGGGUGGCUGGCUCGGGUGCCGUGCUCUACUGGAUGCGAACAGCCUUCUCCAUCUCGAGCAUUUUUUGCCUCUUGGUAAACAUAAUCCUCCACUCUAUUGUCCUGAACAUGAACAGAGGUUGAACCAUGAGCUCCACAGUAUAGUCCACAAAGCAAUGAGAGACUUUGUCUCCUCAUGGUCUCGGACUCUACUGCCAGGGGAGGAAGGAGAGUUUGAGCAAACAGUGCGUGAUUCGAUGCUGGAGGUGGUAAUGGAACUAAAACAACGUGCACGUAAACUGGACAGAAAGGUGCUGGUUCAAAGGCUUCUGGAGCUUUAUGGUUGUCACCUGCAGAGCUACAUGACCGCAAAGCAGAUGUGUUUGGAUGCAGCAGGGACACAAAUAGAUAGCUUUAGUCUAUGGCAGUGCUACAGUGACGUAGAUGUUCCUCACCCUGCCGUGAGGAGCACAGCUGCAGAGCUUACAUAUGCCAGUACUCUAGUGAACCUUAUCUUACAUGUGCUUGUUCCAUACCCUCAAAUGGAAACCAGGACUGGAAGUUACAUGGUAACUGAACUCAUCACUUAUAAUGUGCUAUUGCCGCUCAUAAGUAGGGUAUCAGAUCCAGAUUUGCUCAACCAGACCAUUGUAGAAAUAUUCACCAGGUCCAGAGAACCACAGCAAAUCAACAUGGACAAGUUCUCUGAAGAUAAUCUGAACGGAUCUCAGAUCCACAACGAGUCCUGGACUACCUGCAAUUCACUUUCCUCUUCUGAUCAAGCAGAUGUCACCAGUGAAAGUUCUUUAGAUCUUGAUGGCAUGCACAGCCAGGAGUCCUUGCAGAGCAGCACUGUUAGCCUGACAUCUGAUGGAAAGGUAGAGCGCUGCAGUGCAGGUCUGCUCAUCCCGUGUAGAAUGACCUGCUGUUAUGGAAAAUCAGGCCAUUGUUCCAAUGCAUUAGAGUCUAAAACAGCUUCAUCAGACUCUCUAAUUCAGUCAGACUCAGAAGAUGACUUGUCAGGAAGCUUAUGUGAUUGUGGCCCUCCAACCAACAUAUGUACCAUGAGCGCUUUAAAGGAUGAUGAGGGCUUGGGCUGCUUUGGUCCUUUGAAAACUCUUGGUCCGAAGGUGGUGGUGCCGAUGGAGUCACAGUGGCCAACAGAAAUGGCCCAUGAACAAUCACCAGCUUGUCGUCCAAGACGGUUUCAUCUGACCUCUUACAAUUUUAAUAAUACAGCAAACCCAGUUGCACCUGCAAACAUACAGAAUAUCCAGAUUGCUGGAAAUGCCACUGCUGUGGAGCAGCGGGGCUCUGGAACGCAUGCCUAUACGCUGUACAUCAUAAAGUUUGAGAUGGCAGUUGGCUCUGGAAACUGUGAUGCUCCACCACGUUUGGCCUCUCACACUGUUCAUAGGAGAUAUAGCGAAUUCCUCAACUUGCAAACUCGUUUAGAGGAGAAACCAGUAAUCAAGAAAUUAAUAAAGAGUGUCAAAGGCCCAAAGAAACUUUUCCCUGAUCUUCCAUUUAGCAGUGCAGAUAGCGAGAAGGUAGAAGCCCGUAAAACCCAACUGGAUAUUUUCCUUAAACAACUAAGCAGCAUCCCUGAGACAGCUGCCAGUGAGGACAUGCAGGAGUUCCUGGCUCUGAACUCAGGUGUUUGCACAUAUUUUGGAAGGAAGCCUUUUGUCAAGUCCAGAAUUGAUAAGAUGGUGGAAAAUGCUUUAGAUACUUUGAAGACAGCAUUCCCUCAGCCUGAGAUCUUCAGUCCAACAGAGGACCUCGAAGGAGACACUGAUGGAAGAACAAUGGACAACAGAAAGUAUAGGCUUGUGUUUCCAAGCAAAGUUUCACCAUCUGUCAAUGUACCUGACCUGCACCCUAAAGUCUCGUACUGCUUCAGUGAAGGAAGCACUAUGCUGAAUGGCAUGUCACUCUCUGGCCUGGAGAGUUUUAUCCGGGAGCAGGAAAGGCUUUUGUGUAGGUCAGGUGAGGAGACGGGAGCAGCCGUGCAGAGCAGAGAGCAGCCCAGCAACGACAAGAAAACUUCUGAAAAAACUCACGGCACAGACACAGCUGUGGCAGAUGUUGCUUUAAACAUCUUGUGCCUGCUGAUGAAGGACCAGUUGACGUGGCUGUGCACUGAGAACAUACAGAAAACAAUCAGACUCCUCUUUGGCACCUUCAUAGAGAGAUGGUUGGAUGUUAGAGCUGCCCACCUCACCAGCGCCCCCUGUUGGGUGAUUUACCUACAAGUGAUUCAAGAAGCUGUAUGGCCUGGUGGUGUCCUGCCAGCUGAGCCACGGCCAGAGCGUAGUGCCAUGCUAAAACAGGAAACCAAGGAUCAUUGUCUGGAAUGUCUUAUGCAGCUGCUUCCAGAGUUUGUCACUGACAUGCUGGGCUCGGAGAAGUACCGGCUGAGCUUGGAAGUGAUGCUUGACUCUAUACAAGACCAUCACAUCAACAAACAUCUCCUGUACUGCAUCUGUGACCUGCUUCUGGAGUUCCUGAUACCUGAAUCCUGUGAUGAGGACUUCCAGAGGUCUCUGCUGCAAAGUGUGGCUAAAAAUGAGGAGAACCUCCGCUUAUGAACAGUACAUGGUAACACUGAUGUGGCAGCGUUGUAAGAAUGGGGUGCAGUUAUGUACAAUGUUUUCAUGAUGAUCUGCCAAUAGAUUUGACCAGAGGCUGAAGCUGCAGCAUUACCUGAUUCAUCACCAGGAUGCGUGUCUCCACCACUAUGAAUGACCUUACCUCCCACAUGUUUUGUACUUUUGAUUUUAAAGUAGGUUGAGAAAUGUGCAAAUAACAUGCAUCUAGGGGUCUUUUUGUCAUCUUGCACUGCAGCAUGCACAUGUUAAAUGCUGAUUUUGCCAAAGUAUCACUCAGUUUUAUAAUUAUGGCUGUUCUUUUUGUUAUUACCUACAGUCUCAUU